AUGCCGAGAAGCCAGAGCUGCGCCGAGCGCGAGAGCGAAGCGCAGGUGCGAGAGCGACGCGCACUCGGUAGCGCGCGUGGGGGCAAGCGAUGGAGCCUUGCGAUCGCCGGUGGAGAGAAAAAAAACAACCCAACCGAGCCGAGCGACGCGGAGCGCGAGCAUCGCGCGCAGCGCGACGCACCGCCAGCGGGACAGACCGAUUACAAGCUCGCAGCGAGAGGGAGCAGCCGCGAGCAGACCCGCUGGGAGCUCGCUAGGUGGAGCAGAGAGCAGAGGACGCUGCGAGAAGGGCGGAGGGCUCGAGCGCAGAGCGAGAGCAGCACGGGGGCGCGCGCGGAGCAGAGAUGGCACGCGCGGACCGAUAAGAGAGCACGCGGGCUCGCGCCACGGGCGCCGAGUAGAGACGAGCAGCGCAGCGCGCGCGCAGAGAAAGAAGAAGGCGGGCCAAGGGAGGGCAGCUCGCGAGCGGCGUGCGCGAGAGCGCGCGCGGGCGCAGCGCGCAGCGAGGGCGCUGCAGAGGAGAGAGAGACUGCGGACGAGAACGAGCGCUCGCGAGCGAGCGAGAGCACGAGCGAGAGAGAGAGGGAGAGAGGCCUGCGGUAGAGAGCGAGCAGGGAGAGAGAGAGGAGACGAGCGCAGGAGCGACGAGAGCGCGAUAGGAGGAGAGAGAGAGCGCGCGCGAGAGCGCGAGAGGGCGCACCAGGGCGCGAGAGGCGAGGGAGAGAGAGAGCAGAGAGAGAGCGCGCAGCGAGAGAGAGAGAAAGAGAGAGAGCGAGGGACGAGCAGACGAGAGAGCGAGCGCGUGCGAGGCGAGCGCGCGAGCUAGCGAAUACGCAGCGAGAGUCGCGCGGCAGACGAGAGAGACGCGGACGAGCGACGCGAUCUAGCGAGUGGGGCUCGCCGCGCUCCCCGAGGCGCGGGCCAGAGCGAGGCACGCUAUCGAGAGACGCGGGAAGAGCGGCGCAGCCGUUGGAGCGCAGAGCGCGCGUAGCGAGCGAGAGUCGACUCACUCUCGCCUCGGCGGUACCUCGCUGCCGUUAUGCGAGCGCGGGGCAGCGCGAUCGACGAACGGGCAGCAGAGCGAGAGCUGGCGAGUAA